AUGCUAACUCAUCCCAAGGUUGCAGCAAUGCGUGCACCCACCGCACCAGCACCACACCCUAACCCUAACAUCCCCGACGAUAAAAAGAUGAGUCGUACCAUUGAGAACAACCACGUCACCAACAAUUCUCGUAAGACACCACCGACAGACCAGGGAACACCAUCAGCCAGCCCGAGGAAAACAAAUGAGCCAGUGUUCGGCAGGAUGGAUGUGCAAGCACAAUCCGACUAUGUCGCAACAGCGAUUGAAGGACUCUCGUUGGUCAAAGAUGCUGCAACGGCCGCAGGAGACCUUCAUAGCGGCGAGAGUGGCGAAUCUUUGGAAGAUGACCAGUCUCAUCUAUCAAACUCCUCCACGAAACUGCAGAGCUUCGACACAAAGAGUAUGGCAUCCGUGACGACCUUUGCCAUGGAUGAAAAAGAGAGCAUCCGUCCAGAUGACAGUGCAAGCGUGAGAGCUGUCGAUGAUGAUGAAUCGUCGAAUCCUCCAGGUCGAGAGCUUAGCUUCCAACGAGACUCUGAGCACCACGCGACCACAUCCCGUCAAGGAUUACGACCCAGUACAUCUGGCGUCACAAUCGCUCCUCGGCGUUAUCACACAUUGACCUCAACCAAUACUCCAAGAUUCGGAGACUUGCCAAUCAGUCCCAUUGCGCAACCAGGCUCUGAAGAGGACCAUGUCCCUCAACAUCAAGCUGACACAGGAAACGAUGUUCGUGAACGUACAGCACCACUGCCAAUAGCACCUGACGAAAAGCUACUUGAUGCAUUGGCAACACCGAAGGAUCGAUUGCCUCUUUUGCAAUUGGAGGAAAAAUUACUGGCAUUCAUUGCAAACCCCAGAUCUGAGUUCCUUGAUUUGCCACCUCAAAAUGCAUUUGCAAGAUUACUUGCUCACAAGUUGGCCGAUUACUACAUGCUUGCCCAUCAUAUCAACGAAGACGGCACAUCAAUCAGGCUUUUCAAGACGCCACUAAUCACUAUUAGGCCAACCCCUCUGUACAUGCUUGCUUCAUCAAUUCCUGUGGGACCGGCACAACCACCUGCUGCCAUGACCAUUAAGGUCUUGCGUAGAGCUGGACUUGAUGCACGUCAACAGUCAAUUGGAGGUAGCACUGCAGCCAGUUCAUCAGCACCAUCGAAAGCCACUUCAGACGCAGGGCAAGAGACAAACAGCGAAGAGGGCAUUGCGUCACCCUUCGACUCCACACCUAGUAAGGACAAGUCCAAGUUGACCCGGGAAGAGCGUGAGGCUCAGUACAAGGCUGCAAGAGAACGCAUUUUUGGCGACUUUCAAGAGCCAAUUCCGAGCGAGAGCGCCUCUACUGGGGAGCACUCUGCGAGUAUGUCUCGAUCAAGCUCAUCUAGUGGCAAACGCAAAACCCGAAAAGUGAAAACCCCGAAAGACGACAGCUUCGAAGCUCGUUCCGCGUUCAUACCCAGCUAUACACCGAUGAAUAUGCCGAGCAUCCACCAGCAUUAUCAGCCUCAAUAUUCAGAGCAGACUUUCCAAGGAUCGUACCCGUCUUCUGAUCCGUACGGACUAAGCAUCAAUUACGGCACCACCCCGACACAGAAUUUCCAGGGCUACGAUCCAAACAUCUCGUUCAGCGGGACCAGCCGCUGCACUGUUCCUUAUGGCGACAACAACAGCCAUUUCAGCCCACGAGAAAGUUGGGAUCCAGCGCAAUCCCCAGCCUCAACAAACUAUUUCAAUUACUCACAACCUCCAAGCAGCUACCAACAGAGCAUUUCACCGAUGGCAGCACAGGUCAACAGCCAAUACAUCCAGCAGCCUCACUUAGGUUUACAGCAAAAUCAGCCAUGGUUGAAUAAUCAAUAUCAGAACCCUUAUCCGCAACAGGCCGUACCUGGCAACACAGAUCCUGCUUCUUGGUCGGCUUAUCAGACAAACACUACCAUGAAUAACUCUCAACCUUAUGCAUACGGACAUCUACCGGGUCAGAAUUAUAGUGGAAACCCUCCAUAUAAUCCACAACACCCGGUGCCAGGUAGUUACUCAAGAUCGUUAUUCAAUCCUCAAACCAGAUCGUUUGUACCAAACAAUGCCUCGAGUCGCAACGGAGGUCGGAAUGGUCGUAAGAAACCAUCACCAUCGUCCAGUCAGAAUCGUGCCAAUAUUGCGUCCAAGCCAGUUGGGUCUGAUGCAUCUCUGCCGAACACGCUCCCGCCAGGUUCACGCAGCUUCGACAAAGGAUCGAGUCAUUCAUUCUCACCUCAGGCUAAGGAAGAUACUUUGCAACAAAGGUAUGGUGCGCCCGCUCAUUUGCCUAAGAAGCCUCCACCAUCCCAGGUCUUUGCUUCCUUUGACAUGGAAAAUAUCAUCAGCAAUAACAGUGCUCCUGGCUCCAACUCCACAUUAGUCAAUGGAGGCGUGACGGGACCAGGCGCCGCCGGUGCACCCUCCGCAUAG